CCAACCAUCAACCCCCCGAAAACAUGGCCUCCCUUCUCUCCGCCCAUGAAAUCGGCGAAGGCCUCCCCGUCCUAAUCAUCCACGGAUGGGAAAUGGCAGGAAAAGUCGAGGAGGUAGACUUCGAGCCGAUAUUCACUAAAACACCAGACCUCCGCCGGAUCUACGUGGACCUUCCGGGCAUGGGCACCACGCCUGCGGAUAACGUCCACGAUCUGGACGAGAUAUACCAUCGCCUGGUGCAAUUCGUUGAUUCCCGUCUCGGGACGUCGCGAUUCUUAAUUAUCGGCUCAUCAUGUGGCGGAUACCUAGCCCGCGCGAUAGCACAGAAAUAUAUCUCGCAGGUCGACGGGCUCUUAUUGCGCGUACCGCUGAUCGAGCCAAUGAAUAUCAUGCGUGAUCGUGACCUGUUCAAGCCGUUGGUUGCAGAUGAUCAGCUCAUGUCGAAGUUAUCAGCUGAAGAUAGGAUACUUCUUGGGAAUGUACUCGUGCAAACGCCCGGGUAUAUUGAUACUUUGAAGGCAAAAUAUAAGGAUGUUUACCUUCCGGCGAUGAACGCAGCAGACAGUACGGUGUUGGAUCCGAUUCGGGCAGAUCCGGAUCGAUAUCGGUUGUCGUCUUCGGUGUUGGACGAUGGAGGUGCGCAGUUCUUCUUGGCCCCGACGCUUAUUGUGUGUGGGAGGCAGGAUGAGAGUGUGGGCUAUCGAGAUAGCCUUCGCUUGCUGGAGCUUUAUCCGCGAUCUACCUAUGUGGUUCUGGAUCGUGGGACGCAUGGGCUUCCGGUUGAUGAGACGGGGGUUUUUGAGGCUCUGGUGCGGGAUUGGAUUGUUCGGGUUGUGGAGUGGAGAGGUCGCGCGGACAGGUGAACAGUAUCUAUGUCCAAUAUUUAUGUCGAUAUUCUCUAUCCUGGGCUUGGAAUUUUAAA